GUCAGUGUAUCUGCCUGUCACGUACUUUGGUACUUUGUCCCAGUUAGGCUAAGCUACCUAUAUGUAGGCAAACAGAAGCGCUGGGAGGAACCAGAGAGUGCACACAGAAGCUGCUGUCAGCAGAAGAGCUUAUUUUAUUUGGUUUUUGGGCUAAACAAGAUGUCUCGACGCGCAGCGGACAGGCUGAAGGUUGUCCUCAAUCAUCUGGACCGCUCCAACUCUGCUUCUGUUCGCUCAUCCUUCACUUCAUCCCAGGCAGUGUCAUAUCAUCCUCAAACAUUACGGUACACCUUUGACACAGGUUUCCUGAGUCCAGAGCAGAGGAUUUUUUAUGAAGAAAAUGGCUUUUUACUCAUCAAAAACCUGGUUUCCGAAGAGGACAUUGAUCGUUUUAGGGCAGAGUUUGAGCGUGUCUGUAAAGGAGACGUGAAGAUUCCAGGCAUGGUGGUGAUGAGAGAUGUAGCUAUUGCGAAGUCUGAGUUUGUGCGUGAUCAGAAGGCUGUAUCUAAACUUCAGGAUUUCCAGGAUGAUGCAGAACUAUUCCGCUACUGCAGUUUGCCCCAGAUUCUGAAGUAUGUGGAGUGUUUUACUGGCCCCAACAUCAUGGCAAUGCACACAAUGCUCAUUAAUAAACCCCCAGAUGCAGGAAAGAAGACAUCUCGUCACCCCAUGCACCAGGACCUGCACUACUUUCCCUUUCGCCCAGUCGACCACAUUGUCUGUGCCUGGACUGCCAUGGAGAAGGUGAACCGACAGAAUGGCUGCCUGGUAGUGCUUCCUGGAAGCCACAAGGGCACCCUUCAGGAACAUGACUAUCCAGAAUGGGAGGGUGGUGUAAACAAGAUGUACCAUGGUGUUCGCAACUAUGAUCCAAACCACCCGAGAAUGCAUGUGGAGAUGGAAAAAGGAGACACCUUAUUCUUUCACCCUUUGCUCAUCCACGGCUCGGGAAUGAACCAAACACAGGGAUUCCGGAAGGCCAUCUCCUGUCACUAUGCCAGUGCUGACUGUUAUUACAUUGAUGUGACUGGGACAAGCCAGGAGAACAUUAGUAAGGAGGUGAAUGAAAUUGCUACCAGAAGAUAUGGAACAGAUAUAUCCGUUUCCUUUGCGGAUACCUGGGCUUUGAGAGGACGCCUGGUCCAUGGAGAGAGGACAUCACUUUGAUCCUCCUGUCUUGUUUUGUCAGAAACACACCCACAGGAGAAAGUGGUGGUAGUACAAAGGAAUUAUUAGAAUUGGUUUAAUCAUGUAGCAGCUGGCCAUCGACAAACAGUUUUAUACAGUAAUGUAACACUAAUUCUGGGUUAUCACUCAAAAUAGCUUCAGAGUUUACUACAUAUGUAGUACAAUUUUGUCUGCAUGCGUUACAUUUAACAUAAGGACAGAUUAGAGCAGUUUGAUCGAGACAUAAGGACAAAUGUGUGAGAAAUGGAAGGUGAACUGAAAGUUUAUCAGCAUGUGUUAUAAAUGAAUUAUUAGUAAUAACCUAGUAAUUUUACAAUCUUCCUCUGAACGGAAUAUCAAUUUUGUCUCUAAUCAUUGGCAUUAAAAAUGAGUUAUAAUUUUUGAAGGAACUGUAGAGAAAAUUGUUUCCUUUUAAGUAUAUGGAAGAGUAUUUUCUUUGAAAAAAUGUGGAAUUAGAAUGGAAUGCAUUAGCAUUUAAUUAAAGGCUGCUAAUGUUCACUUAGUUUUGCCUUCACACUGUAAGUGCUGCUAAUUGUAAACAUGUUAAAAUGUUUAAUAAAAUUGUAAUCUUAUAUAUAAUAUAAUUAUUUUUGUAAAUAA